AGCCAGCGAAGAAGAAAAAAAGCAUCGCCGUAAUAAACACGGUUUCCAUUUAUUUUUAAGGAUUCAGAUCAUUACAGGUGAGAAAUAGUACGGUUCUGAUUCUUUUGGUUUGCACUACUGGCAUAUUUUUGAAUUCAUAUGUAUUGUUAUUGGAGGGUUAUCUAUAAAAUAGAAGUUUGUUUAAAAGAAAAAUAAUAAAAUAUAUUUACAUAAAUGCUUAAUUGAUUAUAGAUUGAACCUUUUCUGGCAAGGCGCUUCUCAACAAUUUAAUUCCAGUAUUUUUUGACAUUCUAACUCACCGCUUAUGCAGGAACAGGCCAGUUGCACAGAUAAGCAACACUUAACCUUCUUACUGCAUUUAUCCCAGUAUGGAGCAACAAAUUAUAUCAGCAACCCUUCCUAUGCUGGUUCUCGGACUAGGAUGGACAGGCCAAUUCUUGGCUGAGCUCAUGGUCUCUAUGAAUAUAAACUAUGCUGCUACAACACGCGAUGGGCGUAACAGCACGAUCAAAUGGAACAUGCCGAGCAAGUGCGAUGCAAUUGAUGUGUCACAAUUACCCAAAGCCAAAACUGUCCUUGUUACUUUUCCAGUACUUGAGCGUGACUGUAUGAAUAGGUUGAUUGAUGUUUAUGAAGAACAACAUGACAUAUCGUCUCAAUGGAUAUUAUUGUCGUCCACUCGCCCAUUUGUCGGCCAACCCGCCAACCGACAUACUCCUCUUGAUCGCAGUAAAGAUACAGGACGUAUGGGCGCAGAGGAUGUUGUUAUCGAACGUGGGGGUUCUGUUCUCCAUUUGGCAGGGCUAUGGGGAAAUCAAAGACAACCGAAAGGUUGGGUUCCUCGCUUCGCUACAAUGGAUGCUAUAAAAAACAAGCUUUUAACACGUCAAUUACAUCUAAUUCAUGGAAAAGACGUUGCAAGGGCUAUACUAGCUGUCCACAACAAUUUCAAAUCUGGCGAACGAUGGAUUAUCACUGACAAUGGCUGCUAUGAUUGGUUAAAACUGUUCCUUGUCUGGGGCACAGAAGAGCAAAUUAAGAUGGCCAGGUAUUUAGCUGAAAAUGAUGAAACUUGCCAGAAAGCUUUGGGUGAUAGCUCAUUGGAGGAAAUAGUCGAACGAGGUGGUGUUCAACCUCGAUUGGACUCAACUGAAUUUUGGAACACAUUCAGUAUUAAAGCUGUCGAAUAUUUAAAAAUAGAAUAACAGACAAAUAAUUGUAUACUAAGAAAUACGGUUUUGAGUUUUUGGACCGACCUCUUACUCGUUAUCUUUAAG